AGGAGAAGAAUCAGCCUAGGACGGAGACAAGUUGCAUUUAUCUUCUGCAUGCCAGCCUGCUGCGUGUGUGCGUGGGAGUAUUGGUCCCCUUGGAUGAGCACACGCGGCUGAGGAUGCAGCUGGGAGCAUGAGUUCUGACAGAGAGGAGUAUGACAUGGUCUGUCAGAGAGCUGUGACCCUAAUUGUUGACCUCUGCCUGCACAACAGCACAUCGUUGGAUCAGGACACCUGUCAGGAUUUCCUUUUCCUAUUGUCUGGCCACAGCUCUGACCACAAAGAACCGGACGCUACUUUUGGCCUCCUGCUCGGUGUGUUUGUGGUCUGUGGCCUGGCAUUCCUGGGACUUCUUACAUUUGUCUCCUGGAAGCUGUGCUGGGUACCUUGGCGAACUAAGGCCCCCUUUCUCAGUCCAUCCCUCAGCCCGGCCCGUGGCCCACAGCACUGCCCGCUUCAGCCGCCACUCCUGUUACCCAGCCCCCAGCAGACGCCAGUCACCAUGGCAACAGAGAAGGUGAAGGACCCCAUGGGCUCGAUUGGUUUCCUGGAGGCUGCGGUGAAGAUAAGCCAUACCUCUCCUGACAUCCCCACUGAUGUGCAACUCUCCAUGAGGGAGCAUUUCCUGCGCCGCACACAACGCAUGCAAAGGCAAACAACUGAACCAGCUUCCUCCACUCGGCACAACUCAUUCAAAAGACACCUGCCUAGGCAGAUGCAGGUAGGCAGUCUAGACCUAGGAAAUGACUACAUGGUGGACAAGGAUGAAAAGCCCACUAGCAUCGGACGUAUCCAGCCAGAGCUCUACCAACAGAAGGUCCCAGAAUCAGAGGACUCAUCCAACGACAGCAGCAAAAACUGUGGCAAGAUUAACUUCUCCCUCAAGUAUGACUAUGAAAAUGAGUCUCUCCUUGUCAACAUCCUCAAGGCAGUAGACCUGCCAGCCAAGGACUUAUGUGGCACAUCUGACCCUUAUGUGAAGGUCUACCUGCUGCCCGACCGCAAGAAGUUCCAGACUCGCGUCCACCGGAAGACACUCAACCCCACAUUCAGUGAGAGCUUCCAGUUUCCUGUGCCUUAUGAUGAGCUGGCCGCUAGAAAGCUCCAUAUGAGUGUUUUUGACUUUGAUCGAUUUUCACGGCAUGAUAUGAUUGGUGAGGUGGUGAUGGAAAACUUGUUUGAGACGUCAGACCUCUCCAGGGAGACAAACAUAUGGAUGGACAUCCAGUAUGCCACCAGUGAAAGUGUCGACCUUGGAGAGAUCAUGUUUUCACUAUGCUACCUGCCCACUGCAGGCAGACUCACACUUACUGUCAUCAAGUGCAGGAACCUAAAGGCCAUGGACAUCACUGGAUACUCAGAUCCCUACGUGAAAGUGUCGCUCAUCUGUGAUGGGAGACGUUUGAAAAAGAAGAAGACGAGCAUUAAAAAGAACACCCUGAAUCCCACCUACAACGAGGCCAUCAUCUUUGACAUCCCACCGGACAGUAUGGACCACGUCAGCCUGCACAUCUCCGUCAUGGACUAUGAUUUGGUAGGUCAUAAUGAGAUCAUUGGUGUGAUGAGGGUCGGAUGCAGUGCUGAGGGACUUGGCAGGGACCACUGGAACGAAAUGCUGGCCUAUCCGCGGAAGCCCAUUGCACACUGGCACCCCCUGCUGGAGCCCAAGAAAUCUGAGAAGGAGUGGAAGGCGAGGACAGCCAGCUUUGACAGCCAGGGCUCCUGCCCUUCACCCAGGCCCCCAGCCAGUCCCUGAGCAGAGCCACCUGUGACCCAGCAGCCCAGAAGGGGGUUUCCGUCCUCCUGCUAAACCACUUCCUGUCUGUCUGAUUGAGGAGAAAUACAACCCCAGCGUGUGUCCCUCUCCCACUUUCUCCCUCUGUUUCUCCCUUCCUCGAGUCUAGUCCCAGAGCACUCCCAAGAACUGAUCUCGGACUACCGUCCGUCAGUUAGUUGUGUAAAACCAACUCUGUUUUCGGGUUAAAAUUUAGGGUCCUCAAUUUCAAAUGUGGGUGUUUUGAUGGCCCGAAGUCAUUUGGCUGACAUGCAGUCUGCAGAUACUGAGCCGUCUGAGCUGAGACGAGCUGAUUCUGGUGUCCUCACAGGAGUCUUUUUAAACACUGAAGAUUCAACAUUGCACUGCAGAGACGUUUGAUGAAAAAAAAAUAAAAAAGCUCAGUGGGAUAUCACUCCUUGAAAGCAGUGGAGGUUUCACAGAGGGAAGCUGAGGACAUGGCCUCAGCAGAAAAGGAGAAGACCUUAAGAGAUCUGAAGCUUUUUCAAAACUCUACAGCUGUAUAAGAAUAAAUGAUGCUGAGUGUAGCAUUUUGGAAAUAUUAGAUAUAAAACCACUCCACCAUUCGUUAUUGUUUGUGAUGCUCCAGCUGAGUUUGCUGUACUUCCAGUUUCAUCACUAACAGAAGCAAUUAUCAGAUCUCCAUCUUACUGAAGAGAGGCUGAAUCAGACUGAAACUAAUAUACUGUCAGCCUGACAAACUGCAGCUUUGGUGUGUUUUCAAAAGCAGACAUUUCACAUGACAAAGAAGAAAAGCUGCAAGAUUAUUGGGCUUCACAGCAGAGCAAAUUGGCUGCAUUGCAGAUUUUUUUCGGGUCUUUGUCCAUUUUCAGCGUAAGAGGUAGGAGGUUAAAUUACCACACAAGGCACAGCCAGAUUUUAAAAGACAAAAUAUUAUUUUGACACACAAACGUUUUCACAGAGGGAGCUGCAAAGGUUUCUGUAAACAGUGAAAAUGCGAGCACACUUUACACACCCUUACCUCUUUCUCUGUUUGAUGUUGCAAUCUCACCCUCUUAUCCAGGUGAAAACUCCCACCAACGCUCAUGUUUUCUUUCAGAGAAAAACACCUUUCAGAAACACUUUUGUCACAUAUUGUGCUUUUUUAUGUAAUUUUUUUCAUCUGAUUUUGGUGGAUGUGUAUAGCUUUAUGUACAGGCAUCUGCUGGUUACCAUAUGUAUGUUUUAUCUAAACAGAAAAAAACAGAAGAGAAAUAUAAUGAUAAGGCUAGAUUUAAAAAAAAUGACUUUAAUUUAUGUAGCCUUGUUGGUGGUAAUGAUUUAAAAUAUUAAAUGAAAAAAACAACUUUCUUGAUGUUUAUGCUGUCUAAUUAUACUGCUGGAUUCACUUACAGGGAUAAAUUAGGCUGGAUCUGUAAUAUGUGGCAUUUGGAGGAUAUUUGAUGUGAGAAAAUGUUUGAUCUGUAUCAGUAUUAUUAAUUUGAUUGGUCCCUGGUAAUUAUUGGCUCUCUUUACAGUCACUCAAGUUUUAGUUGGAUAAAAGAUGAUGGAUGCAGUCUGCGUAUCUAUGGAAUAUACACCUUCGAUAUGUUUGAUACAACUGCCUUUUACUCCAGACAUCAUACCGAGUUACAGUUUUGAACGGAUCGUUGCAUUGCUUUAUCGUACUGACUUUACACACUAGCAGCUGCAAUGCUGCACAAGUGACGAUGAUGCAAUUUUAGUCAAGCUCCCUCAUAACCCUUACAUACAAUGGAUACUAAAUUUGUGUAAGUUUAAUUAAGCACUUACUUGAACAAGUUAUGAACUCGUUUUUUUUUAUAUCCAAUUAUGUUAAGCUCAUAGACUGUAUAUAAAAGAUGUCUGCAGCCAACGUGAUAUGACCCUUUGGUUAAUAAAGUCCUGUUGUGAAGCUUUAAGCUGCCCAUUUUUACCAUUACCAUGUUGGUGUUUUGGAGCCCUAUGUGUUGAGAGAGGGGUGGAUGAUGCUGAGAAACCGAGGAACACUCCACUCUCAUAGGGACUCAUCGGUAGUGUUGGGUGUACCAUGUUCCAAAGUAACACGUUAUAUAAUAUUAUUAUAUAUUAGUAUAGCAUUUUUCAAUAUCACAGUAAUUUAACAUAUUCGUGUACUAAAUUCAGUACUUACAUUACAGUUACAAUUUUGUCAUUACUUACAUUCCAAAGCGUCACUUUUUCUUUAGAAUUAAAAAAACAAAAACAAAUCAAACAUGGCUUUUUAAAUGUAUAUUUACACAACAAUCAGAUGAUUUGGAAUGAUGAUCUCAGAAUGGUCUACACCAUUUAAGGAGUGGAACUUUGGAUAUUCCUUUUAUUUUUAUUGCCCGAAAGAACAAGAGUGCAAUGGCAAAGUGCAAACUACAUCUAGAAUAGAAACAGCCACAUUGUACUGCUCACACAGCAUUGGCUCUUUGCAGGCAUCUGCACAGAUAGCAUGCUAAUGCAAAAGCUAGCAAAGAAAGCACAUUGUAGGUUCUGUGUUUGUAGGUGACACUAAAAGGCAGAUGUGAUAUGUUUGUCCUCAGUGAGAGAGGGAUUUGUGUCAGUUUGUGCAUUAUAGCUUUGGGUUUAUAUAGUUAGCUGAUUAUUAAAGGAAAACACAAAAUUAAAUUAGCAAGUAGUGUAACCAGUUAAUUUCCCAAAUGAGUAAUUAUGUAAUGUACUACAUUACUUAUGAGGAAAGUAAUGAGAAAUGUGCAAUGUAUUACUUUGGAGUAAUGACCCAAAUACUGCUCAUCAAUCAUAGCCUAGGCCAACAUAAAGCACAUUCUGCUUUAUUGUUUUAAAUGCUAGUGGCAAAUUUGACAAGAGGUUUACUGAGACUCAUUGAGCAGAAGGGUUUUUCUUCCUGUAGACUUGCAACCUGAUGAGUCAGCCUCUACUAUUUAUUGGAAGAAAACUUGCUUAAGGCACUUUCCAUAUUGGCUUCACUUUUCAAACAAGGAGGCUAUGUUCAUCUUUUAUUUACAGUCUAUUGUUUAAUCCCCCAAACGUUAACUGAUUUCUGUGACUUUUUUAGUUUUCUCACAAGUACUUAAACAAUGUCAGGAGACCAAAUCAGGAAAUUACCUAAGCUGUCCUUUCUCAUAUGGAUCACACAAUAUGACAUAAUCUGAAGUUCUGUCACUCCCAGAAAUGAUACCUUUUGGUUUUGACAAAGGGGCUGACUAGACAGAUCAUGCAGGAGACAUUACAACCAUUCAGAAGCCGUGAAACUUCCAGACUGUUAGCUGCAUCACUCCCAAAUUAGCACAAUCAAUUAUCAUACAGACUUUGUACUGAGGAGCUGACAGGUUAAAGAUCAUCUAAUGCAACAAAUAUUUGAGCUUUUACAGAUUCUCCAUCAUAUAAUAGUUAGAAAAAGUCAGCACCCAGAACUUUCAGUGCAUUUGUAAAAACACCUAAGAUUAAUAGUAUGCUGCAGCAGGCAGGUUUUUAUUUAUUUAUUUAUUUUUUAUUCAGGGCAGAUAGCAAAAUGAAGCACAAAUUGCAGUAUCACAUAAAAUGAAUACAAGCCAUUUCAUAAUUCCUAGCUGGUUGCCGGCAUGGCCUUGACUGCUCUCUUAUGAUCAUGUUUGACACUUAUUAAGAUGAAAAGCAGUUUUUUAACUGAAAAUAUUUCGUCAUGGACCUUUACGCCGAGGCCACUGAGAUUCCAAGGUCAAGGUCCCCGAAAUUCAACUUUAUACAAGAUGUUUUGUACAUGCACGUAUGAUAUCAAUUUGAAGCUCCUACGUCAUGUGAUUCUUGAGUUAUCGCAUAAACAGACUUAGAUGUCCACACCACCUGCCCACCAGGUGUGGUGACGACAAAACUCCAUCAGCCUUUUACAGCAGAGAGGAAAAGAGCUAUACAUAUAGAGGGUGUCCAAAUUAAUAGGCUGCAUCCUCCUGAGGCCACAUUUGUAGGCCGAUUACAUCACAGCGACGCGACAAAGGCUGUUUAAAUUGGUAGACUCCUCCAAAUGCAGCCGACAAUUGCGUCCUCAUUUUCCCCGAAUUUGAAGGAUGGGUCGGGCGUGUCCUUCCUGGCCCACCAUGUCCCAGAAUUCAUAGUGUGGCCCAGCCAAUUCCAGUUUUCAACAAUGGCGGUCGCUACUAAGUUUUAAUAUUACUCUUAUUAAUCUUUCUGGGUCACAAAAUAAACUUUUAAGAUAUUUUCAGGCGAGAAUGUGGGCGUGUAAACUUCAAAUAUCUGCUUGGUUCAUCAAGAUAUCACACAUCUGCAAAAGUGCGCCGACAUUUUCGGAGGCGUCUGUUACCCACCAGCUCGAUAGCUAGCUAGCUAGAUAACAGCAAACUCCCCGCACAUCAUUUUCAAACCCCCCGCGGUCUUUCGCUACUCAGGUUAAACAUUAUAUAUGUGUCGCUUAGAUAACUUUAAAAUGUUAUUGUUUGGCUUUUUUUACUGUUUUAUUUGUUCGUGAGUAAAUCAGUUUGGCUGAGAUUAAAGUUAUAGUUUUCACACAGCUGAAUAAACGUCAAACGGAAAACUGAUUAAACAGAAGUGUGAAUGAUCGAGAAUUUACGUCAGUGUCCUGUUAUAUUUUAAAUAGAAAGGAGCAGAUGGCCAAGUUUAUUAAACUCCACUGAGACAGCUGGUGACGCAAAACUGAAGGCUGGACUGUUCAAUUUCACAGCCGCUCACUUCCAGUCUACCCGGCCUAAGGAGGACCCGGUCCACGUAGACCGUCAGGAGGAUGCAGCCUAUGAAUUUGGACACCCCCCACCCCCCCACUUUUUUUUAAUAGGCCAAUCUCUCCUUCAAGGUUACUUUCUGGUGAACCUCCGGACUGCUCUCAUUGAGGAUGUAUUUUUAGUCUACCACUUGUGCAUCUGCUUUUUAACGUGGACCUCAAUCACACAGAAACUCCUUUAUCAUACUAACCUGACUUUCAUGUUAUUUUAUCUCUGGUUAUGAGCGCUAGCUAUCCAGCAAAAAAUCCAGUGAAAAAUAGUCACCUAUUUUACUGUUUUUUUCUGGCAACUAUAUUCUUAUUUUUUUAUUACUACAAGUUACCCUUGUUAAUAAAGAUAUUCUGUGGUUUUCUGCCUACCUGCUGCAUGCUCAUACACAACUCUUUGUAAACAAAAACAAAAUUUAACUAAAGCUAUGCUAAUAUUGUAUAAUUAGGGAUUUUUUGUUUUAGCUUUGUAACCAGAAUAAACAUUUAUUUCAUAAUUUUCUGGAGUUAAAAUCAGGACAUUUAGCCCAGACAUGAUAAUAUGCAGAGUAAAUGUUAAGCAGCGAGGCUGACAGACAACAUUUAAAGAUUAUAUUUGGUAGGGUUUGUACAGAUAAAAAAAAAUUCUGACAUGAGGACCAUUUAUUAAAUAGUAAUUUUGUGUUAUAACAUCAGCCUACAGCAAAUUUAAUCUAAUAUUUAACAAUGUUCUUGGCAAUGGAAUGCAACCGUCUAGACAUCUCUGGCAAAGGAAUACUUAAACUGCAGGCUGCUGUACAAUGAACAUGCUGUUUAUCACAGAGUCUGUGAAAAUGUCAUUGAAAAGUUGGGUCCAGAUAUCAAAACAUGAGCAGAUGGAUUCAGCAGACCGAAUAGGGCCUGUUUUAGUCAUUUCCUUCAUGGGAAGUUUACCCAGAGAGAGCAGUUUAAUACUGCUAUACUUCGGUAAGAGGCUGGGAUGACAAAGCGGGGGCAGCUGAUGGGUGGACAGGUCAGUAUCUAUAGAGCAGUGGCAUUUCUCUAAUUGGCACUUGUUACCAUGAGAGUGAGUCAGUGCAUUAUUGUUUGUGCUUGGUGUAAUCCAUCAUAGCAUCAACACCCCUUUCACAGAUGUUUGAAAUUUGCUCUCAUCCACACAGUUUUCAAUGGUGAAAUUCCUCUGUAGACUAACACCAUCAUCGAUUUCUAAUAUCUUAUUUAAAUGUAAAAUCUGAAACAUGUGUUGAAAUAUUAUAAUGUAGUUUCUGUUCUUUUAUAAAACGUACUUUAUGAUGGUCUAACAAUGUGGUGUGUUUUCAUAGUAGAUAAAAUCUGUUAAAUCAAUUGCCUCAGUUUAUGGACUGUUUAAAGACCUUCCUUCUUUGCCUAAUAUUGUAAUGUUUCUUGAUAUGAUCUCAUAUCCCUUCCAACUGUUACGAUAGCACUGAAUUUCCAAUUUUUUAUCGGGCAUUUUGUAUUUGUAAUAAUAGAAAUGUUUGAGAAAAUGUUAGUUCAGACAAAUGUCUAUUAUGGGUUCCUUUUAGAAUUUAGAUCAUUAUGGAGAUUCAAACGCUGAGUGAACCAUUGUGUAAAAAACUGAAAUGGCAUAGAGUAUUUCCACCGCCUUCUUUGUGUCUUAACAAGUCUGAAAAUCCACAUCAGAAAAUUGCUUGUUGUUUUUUUCUCCCAUGGGGCGUGAUGUGUUAUCAGUUCUGUGACAUGAUUUUCUUUUCUUUGAUUAAAAGACUUCUGCAAAAUAG